GGCUCGGCCAAGUCGCCGCCGCCGCCGCCGCCAUGCCCAGCGACGACCCUGCCAGCACGCCCUCGCCGGUGGCCACGGCCACGCGAGUGCCUGCCGCGAUCACUGUCGGCGUCUGUGUGAUGCGGAAGAAGUGCGAGAAGCUCCGGCCGCUCCUCGCCGAGAUGACGAGCGGUGGCGACAUGACCGUGGUUGUAUUCGAGCAACAAUCCAUCCUAGAGGAUGCCGUCUCGGACUGGCCAGUGGUGGACGUCCUCGUUGCCUUUUACUCCAAGGGCUUCCCGCUCGCGAAGGUCGGCGAGUAUGUCCGGCUCCGCGAGCCAUUCUGCUUCAACGCGAUCGGGCCGAUGAGCGAGCUCCUCGAUCGGCGAGCCAUCUACUCGCGGCUGCAGCAAAUUGGCGUCGCUGUGCCGAAGCACGUCGUCUACGACCACCUCGGCGGCGGCGAAGGUCUCGUGCUGCGAGAGGACUACCUCGAGGUCAGCGGCGUCCGCAUCAACAAGCCGUUCGUGGAGAAGCCCGCCUCGGCCGAGGACCACAACAUCCACAUCUACUACCCGCCUUCGGUCGGGGGCGGCUCGAAGCGGCUCUUCCGCAAGGUGGGCGACUGCUCGUCGGCCUUUUACCCGGACGUGUCCGAGAUCCGGCGCGACGGCGCGUACAUCUACGAGGAGUUCCUGCCGACCGAGGGGGCUGACCUGAAGGUCUACACGGUCGGACCCAAGUAUGCGUACGCCGAGGCGCGCUCUCCCGUGGAGCCCGUGGAAGCGCGCAAGUCCCCGACCUUGGACGGGCGGGUGGUGCGCGACCCGAGCGGCAAGGAGGUCCGCUUCCCGGUCCUGCUGACGGCGCACGAGAAGGACGUGGCGCGCCGCAUCUCGCUCGCCUUCGGUCAAAUGGUCAACGGGUUCGACAUCCUCCGUGCGCACGGCGCCUCGUACGUGUGCGACGUCAACGGCUGGUCCUUCGUCAAGUCCUCCUCGGCUUACUACCAGGCGCGCGGGCUGCCCGCCUCCUCCCUCCUCACGCACGGCGACCGGACGCCGAAGCAGAAGCUCAAGAUGAGGGUUCGGAACGCGAAGCUGCUGCGCUGCUUCGAGGCGCACGGCGUGGGGCGCGGCUGCGCGGAGGCAAAGCUCAAGACGCCCGUCCAGCCGCAGGAGGUGGUCGGCCGUCCGCCCGUUCAGCUGCAGGAGGUCCUCGACCUUGUCGAGGAGCUGCUCGCGGAGAGCGACGCCAAGCUCGCGCCCGGCUCGGAGAACUCGAGCGAGUCCGAGGCGGACGGCGUGCCGCUCGGCAAGCUGCGCCAGCUCCAGCUCGUGCUGCGGCGUGGCCCCUUCGGAGGGCUCAACCGCAAGCUGCAGGUCAAGACGGUGCGCGCCGCCGAGGGAGGCCGCCUCGAGGAGGCGCUCCUCGUCGCAAAGUGGGGAGGAGAGCUGACCGAGGCGGGGAGGGCGCAGGCGGAGCGGCUUGGCCGCUCGCUGCGUGAGCAGCUCUCGCGCGCCGACGGCGCCGACAACCUGCUGCACCUGCACUCGACCUUUCGGCACGACGUCAAGUUCUACUCGUCGGACGAGGGGCGCGUGCAGCUCACGGCGGCGGCGAUCGCUAAGGGCCUGCUCGAGCUGGCGGGCGAGCUGCCACCCAUCCUCGUGUCGCUGAUCCGCAAGGACGCCGCCGCGAACGCCCUCCUCGACGACAGCUCCGCCGUCUCGGCGCAGGCGAGCGAGAUCAAGCGCGUGCUGCACGGGCUGAUGCAGCAGCCGCCCGGCCUCGAGAGCGAGGCGGAGCUCGCCGAGCGGCUCGUGCCGACGAGGCUGCCCGCGCUGCUCGCGCCGCUGCGCGAGGUGGGCAGCCCGCGCGCGCGCGUCAAGGCGGUGCACGAGCAGGCGGGCCGGCUGCUCGCCUUGCUGCGUCAGCUGCGCGCGCAGCUCGGCGACGAGAGCACGGGCUGCCCUCGCGGCGAGAGGAAGAGCCUGCCCGGAACCUUCCCGGAACCUUCCGAUAGGCGACGAGUACGAGCUCCUCUCGAGAUCACGCGAGAUUCCCCGAGAUCACCCGAGAUUGGCCGGGCAGUAGGCGACGAGUACGAGCUCUACGGCGGCGAGAGCCUCUUCCUCGCGCUGCAGCGGUGGCGCAAGCUGACGACCGAGCUACACCGGCCGCGCAAGGACUCGGGCCGAGCGCGGAGCAAAGAAGCCGAGCUCGUCGCCGAGCAGGCGGACUGCCAUCCCGACCCACGCGAG